CAGACGAGUCACGAAUUCAAUAAGACGCCCAGACCACACUCUGCUUCGUCCUCGACUUGGGACGGAUAGACAGAGCAGAGCAACCGCAACUGUAGUUGGGGGGGGUUGCCGAUUCUAACCUCACCCCGCGGGUGACAAGAAGAUGCUCGCCCUCACAGCCAGCCCCGCCCCACCAACAAUGCCCACGAGGCGCAGCGCCCCAAGGCGUUUCGGAGUCUCGUGCGCUGGCGCUGGGUUCCCUCCCUUCCUCCCCAAAGAAGUCGAAAAUAUCAAAGACCCAUCCGCUCGUAAGCUCGCCACCAGGAUUGAGAGGCUGCCUGUACCUGUCAGCUUCUCGGAGAGUUGUAUAAUGAGUAGUUGCGUGAGGCCAUUGACACUGAGCAAUACAAGUCCGGUGGUUCUUCUGCAUGGUUUCGACAGCUCCUGUUUAGAAUGGAGAUAUACGCACCCGUUGCUCGAGGAGGCUGGCUUAGAGGCUUGGGCUGUGGACAUUCUUGGUUGGGGUUUCUCUGAUCUGGAAAGACUUCCACCGUGUGAUGUGGCAUCUAAGCGCGAACACUUUUAUCAGCUAUGGAACUCAUACAUCAAAAGGCCGAUGAUUUUGGUUGGACCAAGCCUUGGUGCUGCUGUUGCAAUUGACUUUGCAGUCUACCAUCCAGAAGCUGUUGAAAAGCUGGUUUUAAUUGACGCAAGUGUGUAUGCAGAAGGCACGGGAAAUCUAGCAAAUUUACCCAGAAUCGCAGCAUAUGCUGGGGUAUAUUUAUUGAAGAGCAUCCCGCUGCGCUUAUAUGCAAAUUUUUUGACCUUCACUGACAUCUCAUUUAGUUCCAGCUUAGAUUGGACUAAUGUGGGCCGCUUGCAUUGUCUAUUCCCUUGGUGGGCAGAUGCAACUGUGGAUUUUAUGAUUAGCGGGGGUUACAGUGUUCGUACUCAGAUAGAACAGGUAAAGCAAAAGACACUUAUCAUAUGGGGUGAGGAUGACCAGAUCGUUAGCAACAAACUUGCAGUGAGACUGCACUGUGAACUGCCAAACGCAAUUAUACGUCAAAUACCAGAUUGUGGCCACCUUCCUCAUGUGGAAAAGCCAAACUUAGUUGCCAAAUUGAUUAUGGAACAUGCGCAAGAAGAUUGCUAUAAAGAGAUUGAAUGUGUUUCCUAAUAUUGAAGUGUAUAAUAUGCAGAAUACAGAUGUGAAGCUGAGAUUUGGGGAAGAACAGGACAAAGGAGGUUACAAAAAAUCAACAUCAUGGCAGCUCAGCCUUACGUAAGCAGCUGGCCCAGACUAGUGCAGAAAUCAAUGAAAGUUGUGAAUCUGUGAGGUGCAAGAUCUACUGCCAAGAAGACUGAUUAAUAACCCUAAACCAUUGCUUUAGGUAUCAAUGAUUGUGGGUUUGCAAAAUCAAAAAGCAGGGAGCUGGAUUUUCACAGCAGAAUUUCAACAGUAUGAAGAAUCUAUACUAAAAACGAAAAAAAAAAGGAAAAGGAAUCCGACCUUUAAACCACAAACAGUGGGAAAGCCUUUUCAUUUGAAGAGAAUAUCUAAUUUUAUUUUAUUUUUCGUUGUAUAGUAAAAUGAUCCAAACUACUCAUUCAAAAGGGGACAGAUUGAAGAUAGGAGGUGAGGAAAAGAAGCAUACCUGGCACUUGCGGGAUAAACACAGCUAGCGGAAGCGACGGCUGUAAAUCACCCAAGAAAAUGAAGAUAGAAAUCAGUUAAUUUUUUUUUUCUUAUUAUUUUUGGUUGGAUGAAUGAAUUUUUGAGGAUUGCAGAGGCGAAUGGACAUACUGGGGGCAGUUUGACUAGGGGAGGCAGUGCCGGAAAAAUCACAAGUCCCUUGACCUUGAUUCUUCCUCUGGAAAUAGCUGUUCACAGCAUAGUCGCAGUGAUUCUUUACAGUGUUAGGUUGGUAGCAGGCACCACUUUGAAGGAUCGGGCUACAGUCAGCUCCAGCUCCACAAGCAUAAUCCAGCGUCUUCUGAAGGGCUUGAUCACUCAACCCAUCUUUGCAGAAGCAGUAAGUAGCACCUAU